AGUGUUUGAUUGUUCUACCCCUGUUCCCACUCUCCCUACCCUCCCCGUAAUCUGUGACCACCGGGAUGUCUCAAGUACCACAUCAGCCAGAGCUGAUGUCGAUGGAACAGGACACCGGGGCACUCCCACGACGCAGUGCCAGGCUUGCAGUUCGUACCCAUCCUGUGGUACCUCCACGACGCAGGUAUCAGCAACAACGGCUCACCAAGCGGACGACUUCAGCGGCAUCAAGCACAACAUUGACAGUACCGGUUCUCACCGGAGUUCUUCCCGCAUGUCCGGUCCAAGGGGCCCAUGAACCGUUGGCUGACUACCUUGGGCGGCUACAGGUAUUCACAGAUGUCGUAGCUGACGCCAAGGUUCAGCAGGAGGCAGCAGAGGCGGAACGUCAGCGGCUGGCCAGUGAGGCGGCAGCCCAAGCUCAGCGGACUGCUGAGGCAAACGCCGUGGCGGAUCCGACACCGGCGGAGGAAGAAAGGAGCAACCUGGCUAACCUGAUGUUGAAUAUGAUGCGAGCGAUCAUGUGGACCAAUACGAUGUUAAUGGUGCAAAUACACGAGGGCAGACAGCUGCGACAGAUUCAGCAGAAUGAUUCUGCAGCCUUAACAGCUGCUGUUCGCGCUACCGCCACACAUCAGCAACAACAGCAACAAUUGUUGAGCACCACCACCGCACGCAUCAACAACAUCGAGGCUAAGGCCUCAGCAGCGCCAUGCUGCACGACAGACGCGACAAAGCAGCUCAACGAGCGCAUCGAUCACGUCGUCACCAUCAUUGGCGAACUAGGUGAUUUCACUAGUCCGGCCACGAUCAGCAGCACGGUGGCCGCCAUCAAGACGAACAUCACCAAGUUGCAGACAAGACCGGACGCCGCUACAAGGAACUACAAGAUGCCGCACUUCACCAUCAGCAAGUUCGACGACUACAACAAGACGGACGCCUUGACAUGGUGGCAAAGUUUCCUCACGGAAGCAUCAUGCCGCACUGUCCCGACUAACGACAUGAUGAAGGCGCUCUACUUACAACUGAUUGGAGGAGCACAGGCAUAGAUGAACCAUCUCGCGGCUACCAAGA